GUUGUUUUCACUGUGCCCUUUGUCUUCUGUAAUCAAAAUGGUUUUUCUGACCGUCCAAGAAUUUGGUAAUUCUCUAAACCCAUCAUCGAAAGAUCACUGUUUUGCACUUAUCAGAUGAUCACUGUAGUCUCUGGCGGGCUGGCCUUGGCUUUCUAGAAAGGUUGAAAAAAAAAGAAAAGAAAGAGGGUUGCACACGUGGAAGGAGAGAGCAGGGUUAAUGGGUCUUCUUAGUUUCCUGGAAAUAGCAAUGGUAUUACAGUGGAAGGACUCCUGUUUUUUGUUGUGUAUAUACGCGGGACAAUCUUUCUUACCCAAGGAAACCUUUCAGCAUUGCAGUCUACUUUCGUUCCAACUCUUUUCUUAGCUUCCAUUCACCCUUUUUUGUUUUUUUUUUUUGAGUUCAUAAAGUGCUCAGUUGACUCAAAUUUAAUGUCAACGUUUGAUUAUUAGAAAGCUUGUGGAAGAAUACCAUAUAGACUACAGAGAAAUUGAAUUGCUCCAUUUGGGUUGGUUAAAUUUGUCUUGUUCUUGUGAGCAAUCCAAUUGCGAUCGAGGAAGAAAUGAGGUCUCAGGACUCAAGUUCAAGGAGACGUUAUGAUUUGGAACAACAAAGUUUUUCAGCUAAUGGAUUACCCCAUCAGACCAGCACAAAACCUAGUUGCAGUGCAGGUAUGAUUACUGCUAUGAGGAAAAGAUUCAGGAUGAAAGCAUUGGAGGGGUCACUCAAUUCCCGUCCUACAACCCAAAUUGAUGGCAGAAUGAGAGAGGAGAAAUCUUUUGGUUCUCAGGGUACAUUCCUUCUGCAAUGGAAUAAGAUUGUUUUCAUCUCCUGCAUUAUUGCAGUGUCCCUAGAUCCCUUGUUCUUUUACAUCCCUGUAAUUGAUAACAACAGGAAGUGUCUUGAUAUGGACAACAAAUUGAAGAUAAUAGCUUGUGUUCUUCGUUCAAUAAUGGACGUAUUCUACACCAUUCACAUACUCCGGCAAUUUCACACUAGACAUCUUGGUUCAUCUUCCCGAGCAUUUGAGCGAGUUUUUCUGGUUGAGGAUUCUUGCGCUAGAGCUAAGCGAUUCUUGUCUUCUUGGUCUAUUGUUGACAUACUAGCUGUUCUUCCCCUUCCUCAGGUGGUGGUUUUAGUUUUAGCCCCAAAAUUACAUGAUGCAGCUUCAUUGGAUAUGAAAAAACUGUUGGAGAUAGCUGUACUCUUACAGUAUGUUCCAAGACUCGUUAGGAUAUGUCCGUUGUAUAAAGAAGUAACGAGAAAAUCUGGGCUAUUUGCUAAAUCUCCAUGGAGUGGUGCUGCGUGCAAUCUGUUUCUCUAUAUGCUAGCAAGUAAUGCACUCGGAGCAUUCUGGUACUUGUUAACAAUAGAGCGUGUAGAUUCAUGCUGGCGCGAAUCCUGUGCUAAACAUCAUUGUGAUUAUGAUGCUUUGAACUGUGGAGUAUCGCGUUCAGGAGACUACUCAUUUCUCUACUCUUCUUGCCCUCUGCUUGAACCCAAUGAAAUUAAACACCGAAAAGAUUUUAAUUUCGGCAUGUUCCUUGAGGCUCUUCAGUCAGAGUUAGUAGAAAAGCAUAUCUUUUGGAAGAAGUUCUUCUAUGGCCUCUGGUGGGGCUUGCGAAAUUUAAGUUCCCUGGGACAAAAUCUAAGGACUAGCAAUUCUGUCGGGGAGUCUCUCUUGGCUAUCUCUAUUUUAAUCGCAGGCUUGGUUCUGUAUGCAUUGCUCAUCGGCAACAUGCAGAAAUAUUUGCAGCCUAUCAGUGGAAAAAUAGAGGAAAUGCAAUCAAAUAGGCGGAACAGAGAAAUGUUAGAGCACUGGAUGUCGCGUCGUAUGCUGCCUGAGAAUCUUAGGCGCCGAAUUGUAAGUUACGAAAAUUAUAAAUGGCAGGAAACCAGAGGUGUUGAAGAAGAUGCCCUGAUUAAGAACCUUCCAAAUGAUUUGAGGAGGGAUAUAAUCCGUCAUCGCUGGGCUUUACUAGCAGCUGUGCCCAUAUUUGCAGAAAUGGAUCAAUGUUUUCUGUAUGCUUUGUGUGAUCGUCUAAAGCAAGUCUUCUACACCAAGUACACCUACAUAUAUCACGAGGGUGAUCUGGUAGAUGAAAUGCUCUUUCUCACAUGUGGUGAUGUACUGAGCAUGACCACCACUGUUGGAGGGAUCAGCUUCUUCCCUCCUGUUCGUUACAAGCGUGGUGAUUUUUGGGGAGAUGAGCUUCUAGCAUGGGCCUUAUAUCCCUCUAGCUCUAGCCUUCCAAUUUCAACCAGAACAGUCCAAGCAAUGGAUGAUGUUGAAGCUUUUGCUUUGAGGGCUGAGGAUCUGAGGUUUGUAGCCUCCCAAUUCCGACAUCAACUCAACAGUGAGCAGGUCCAACAUAUUUUCAGGUUCUACUCCCAGCAGUGGAGAACAUGGGCAGCUUGCUAUAUACAAGGAUCAUGGCACCGUCAUAAGAGGAGAAAACUUGAGAAGUCCUUAAGGGAGGAAGAAGAAAAAUUACAGGGUGCCUGGCCGCCGCCACCAUGUAUGCAUCUCAAUUUGCAUCCAGUUCACUACUCGAAAUUCACAGCAUAUGAUGCGUAAAUGUCUUAUCGACUCCACAGUUUCAUCAGAAACCAAAAGAACCUGAUUUAGUGAUACCACUAGUUUGUUUUGUUUUUUAAAUGUAUAUUUUUAGGUGUUUUUUGUAUUGGGAAUAUAAAAAGGUGUAUUGAACAUGUAAAAAGGUAUACUGGGAUAGAACAGUUAAUAAUAAUUUAAUUUAAAAAUAGUACCAUCAAGAAAAGGAAGCAAACAAAGCCUAAUUUGUCGUUGAAAAAAGCAAUAGAAUCACUUGUUUUGAAUUUUGGGUUGAGAGUUGAGACUUACUAGAAUUAAUGGGCGAGGUGAUAAUGGUACAAGUAACAUGCAGGGAGAUUUUAAUGAUCUUAGAUAAUCCUCCUGCCUUUUGUGUUCAUUGUUUUGGGCAUCAACUUCAACUUACAAUUGUUCCUUUCC